GCCAACACUCGCGCUUCUUGUCGAGCUGCGGUGGACAGCGCCAGAGAUCAGUCAAGUUAAAAGCCAUGAAAAGCGAGUCUCCUGCAGAACCCAGAAGAAAACCGAACACCUCUCGGAUCUAGUAUGAACACAGAUCGCUCGUCUGAAAACUUCGUGGCCCAUGAUAUGCCCCAGGGGUAUAACAGGAUGAAUCCCAUCCUGAUUGACCGGGAUAUUCUGCACGACCAUGAUACAGACGUCAUAGUGCACCCAUGUCACUGGGACGGCUGCCCGAUGCACAUUGCUGUGGACUUCAAGCAUAUCUCCAAACAUCUUCAGCAACAUCAUGGCAUCGACACCAGCACCACGAGCGAGGAUACGCGACAGGUUACCUGUCUUUGGACGGGUUGUCUCAAUACUCACAUGAAGCCGGGCAAUCUCCCACGUCAUAUACUUUCACACCUUGGAGUACGAUGGAUGUGUUCGACAUGUGGGGCUUUACUCUCGCGGGAGGAUGCUUUUCGAAGACAUGCUCUUGAAAAAGAGAGAUGCAAGUAUACGACAGCCGUUGUUAAGUACGGAGGCGAAUCACUGGUAAUUAGCCGUGUGCAUUGAUGGGGUUGGUCGGUCAGCCAAAAUGUCAUGUGCAUUCCCUGACGUCUCGUAGACUGAUGUAGUCCUCCGGCUCGAGUAUUUAUCUUGCAGUAGUAUCCCUAUCAUUUCGUGUUCCAACCUUAUAUGCAUCUCCCUAUAGCUCCUGUCCAACAUUGGUGAUCAUGAAUUUAUCCU